AUGUCUCCACCAGUUUGGUUCAUCACCGCAGCUUCAUCAGGCUUCGGUCAUGGCAUCGCUCUUCAUGCCCUCAACCUUGGUCACACAGUCAUUGCCACAGCACGCAGCACAUCUCGUGUCCAAGACCUCGCCGAGGCAGGAGCUCACACACUCGCCUUUGACGUAACAUCCCCCAUCUCAGACCUUGAAGCCAUCGCCAAAGAUGUCUAUGCCAAACAUGGCCGUGUUGACUAUCUCAUCAACGCCGCCGGGUACAUCCUAGACGGUGCGGCCGAAGAGGUUUCUCAGGAGGAGCUGUACAACUCUUUCAAUACCAACGUCUUUGGCAUCUUCAACACAAUCAAGGCUUUCCUACCAGGUAUGCGGGAGCAGAGCAUUGGUGAGAAUGGGCGCCGUGGAACGGUUGUAACCUUUGGAAGUAUUGGCUCUUGGAGUGGUGGCGCGACAUACUCUGUCUACUCCAUGGCCAAAGCCUGCGUAUCCUCUCUCGCAGAGUCUCUUCGUGAGGAACUAGAGCCUUUCAACAUCCUCGCUUCAGUCGUUGAACCAGGAUACUUCCGCACCAGCUUCCUCAACCCUGGUGUCAAGGUAGUCACCAAGAACCGCAUGGAUGUUUACAACGAUGAGAACACAUCCACUGGCAAGACACGCAAGGCUUUGGAGAAGACGGAUAACAACCAGCCUGGCGAUGUCAAGAAGGGAACAAAAAUCAUUGUGGAGAUUUUGACGGGGACAGGUGUUGGAAAGGGAAGAGAAGUGCCUGUGCGAAUCAUUCUGGGCAGUGAUGCGGAUGUGUUUAUUCGAGGGAAAAUUGGCGAGGCGCUGAAGAUUUUGGAUGACUGGAAGAGUGUGACUGUGAGCACCGAUAUCACAGAAUGA